UGUUUGUAUAUAGAAACUCGAUUCAAAACAAAAUCGUCCAGCGAACGGUAACGUCGCCGUCGGACGUUUUUCUCGUAUUUUGUGUUUUCGAGCACCCCAGCCGGAACUCCGCCGCCACCUCCUUAGCAAGUGCUUUUAUCAUUUUACUGAAUGAAAAGGCUCAAGUAUCGCGACUAUUGAGGCCUCACGGUGCCGGCUGUUAACGGGGAAUCCUACAGAAUGCACUCGCUGCACGGACAGUUCAUGAGAAUUUGACAUUUAAGUGCGGGCUUUGGUUUUGCCGCAAACUGCAGUUCGGCUUUAUUUUGUGGCGUGGGCUAAGAUUGGCGGACACACCCACCCGAAAACAAAAACAAAAAGUAGUCCAAAGGCCCCAAUAGUUCUCUCUCUGUGUGUGUGAGAUUGUGUGCGAGUGAGAGGAAAGGGACUCGAAUCGAAUCGAGCCGGUUUUCGCGAGUUAAUUGACAAAGCAAACAGAGAAAAAUUGGCAAACAAGCAAACAACGCGUAAUAUAAACAAAAGGCAAUAAUGUCGUUCCAAACAAACUGAAAACUAAAAGAUUUUUUGAGAAUCGUACGCUUACUCAUCAUCUAGCGGAUGCGAGGGAGACCACAACAAUGCAAAAUACUCUAUAAUUAGCUUCGAUAUUCCAACCCCCAAACAUUAUGGCCCAAGGCCCCCUCUCCCGCCCCGUAAAGAAUAUGGCGAAAUUCCUGGCAGCCCUUGGAAUCUGCUGUUGGCUGCUCGUUUCGGCCACCGCUCACAACUGUCAGCAUCAGCAUCCCAAGGCCCAUGAGGUCGUCCAUGGCGUGCGCAUCCAACUGGCUGAUAGCGAAGAUGACUCCGAAUCCGCCGGAGAGCCAGCCAGGCAUAGCGUGCGCCGGCGCAGCGUUGCCGCCGUGCAGCCGCUGCGAAUUCUGCUUGUCUACGAUGAGUCCGUCUACAGGUUGGAGGAAGAGAAAUUUAAUUUGAUAAAUGAUACCGUGCUCCCUGAAGCCGUGCAGUUCUGGGAACAGGCGCUGAUGGUGCGAGAGACCAAAGGCGUCAUUCGUCUCAAUAGGAAAUGCGACAGCACCCAGGUGUACGUGAAGAACGGCCACACCCACUGCAUUGACCACUGCAAGGCGACGACGAUGUGUGGUGAGGUCCAGGUGCCCGACGCUCACUUGGACGUCUGUCGAGUGUGUAAUGCCACAGGUCAGAACUGUCGAAUAGAUAGCAAUACGCAACCGGGAGAUGGAAUUGAGAAUGCAGAUUUUGUCUUUUAUGUGUCUGCUAGACAAACACAGCGUUGUUUCAAGGGUCUGACGGUGGCCUAUGCGGCCCAUUGUCAGCAGGAAGCAGCUCUGGAUCGUCCAAUCGCUGGUCAUGCGAAUCUCUGUCCGGAGAGCAUCAGUACAAAGCCGCAGGAGCUACAGACACUGAUCUCCACUGUAAAACAUGAAAUCCUUCAUGCUUUGGGCUUCUCCGUAAGUCUGUACGCUUUCUUCAGGGAUGAUGAAGGAAAACCCCGGACUCCAAGAAAGUCUGACACUGGCAAGCCGUACCUGAAUGAGAAAUUGCAGAUACAUCAAUGGAGUAACGAAACCAUCCGCAAGGUGGUGCGAGAGAACUGGUCUGUGCGUGGUGGCCAUGUUAACAAAGUAGUGGAUAUGAUGGUCACGCCGCGAGUGAUUGCCGAGGUGCGUGCCCACUUCAAUUGCAAUAAACUGGAGGGCGCUGAGCUGGAGGAUCAGGGUGGUGAAGGUACUGCCCUGACCCACUGGGAAAAGCGCAUCCUCGAGAAUGAGGCCAUGACUGGCACGCACACACAGUCGCCGGUCUUCUCGCGCAUCACCCUCGCUUUGAUGGAGGACUCCGGUUGGUAUCGGGCCAACUAUUCCAUGGCAACGCCGCUUACUUGGGGAAAGGGAUUGGGAUGUGCGUUUGCCAUGCGCAGCUGCAAGGACUGGAUACAGUAUAACCAUGCCAGGGGCCGCUCCAUACAUCCAUUCUGUUCGAAGGUUAAACAGGAUCCCCUUCAAACCGAGUGCACAGAUGAUCGCAACUCUGUGGCGUUGUGCAACCUUAUUCGCCAUGAGUUCGAGCUGCCUAAGAGCUAUCAGAACUUUGACAGCCUGAAUCACGUGAAGGAUGGAGAAGAGGGAUACUACGGUGGGUCCGUCUCUCUGGCCGACCAUUGUCCCUACAUUCAGGAGUUCACCUGGCGCAGCAAGAAUGUGAUAGUGCGAGGAUCUCAUUGUCGAUUCAUGGAGAAUAAUCCUAAACCUGAAAAGAACUUCGCCUUGGAGAGCUAUGGCGAGGGAGCCAAGUGCUUCGACCACAGUGAGUCCAUGUGGGAGGAGCGAUCCUGUCACCAGACUCGUGAGUGGCAGCACUGGGGCAGUGGAUGCUACAAGUAUGACUGUUUCGAUGGGCGACUGUACAUCUUGGUGGGCAACUAUAGUUACAAGUGCUCAUUUCCCGGACAAAAGCUCUCCAUUCGAAUUGCGGCUAAUGGAUGGCUGCACAAGGGGGCAAUCAUGUGUCCGUCGUGCCAUGAGCUAUGCGGAGAACAGUUUGCCGCCCAGGGCAAACAGUGUCGCCCGGGCGAGGAGCCCGAUCCGCUCAACAAGUACCCGCGCGACACUCUCGCUUGUGGAGCGGGCAGCGAAGUAUCACUUUCCGUGGCCAUAAUGACCGCUGCUCUCCUGCUUUUCGGCCUGCGAUGUGGACUCAGUUAGGCUGGUCAGGAUGAUGCAGGGGUGCAGUUUUACUUGCUCUAUAUGUAUUUAGUGAAAUUUGUACAUUUUAGCUGUAUGAUAUAAGCUCAACUUGUCUAAAUUUAGGUCGAUCGUAAGUGGAAUACUACCAAAAUCUGAGUGGGUCGGAUUUUUAAGCAAAGAAAUUUAGCCUCUUUGGACAACAAAUUAGAAUUUCCAUUUUUUCUAAUUGCCAGAUCAAAAAUAAGUUCGAAUUAUGGACUAGUAAAAGAACUAAACAUUGUUCUUAGACUACUUUUUGUAGCUUCAUUUUAUUAAUUGUUGCUCAACAGUUCAAUUUGACCGCUCCCUCGAAACAUAUUGCUAUUUAAUCGUAUUUGUAUUUUGUCCAUCCCAAAAUGUGAUUUUUUUAUGUGUCCUUGGAUGUUUCAUGCACUUUGAAACGGCUCUAUAUACUUCAAUGUGGAGCAUCCAAAGAGAAUUAUGUUUCUGAUCUACAUUCCAAAGCCUGUUGCGAAAAAUAUUUGAUAUUUGGUACUGUGGCAUUAAGCAGUUCCACUUUGCUUGUUUAAUUCUUUGUUAUUUAUUAUGAAUAUGGUUUUCGAAAUUUGUUGAUUGCCUUGUGAUUUAUCUAUUCGAUUAGUUUCGCUUAAGUUCAAUGUGUUUUUCUAUUUCUGCUGCCUGUCAAGCAUUUAAGAAUUGUACACUCAGCCCUCGAUUUGUAAUCUAGCUCUUAAGAACGUAAAAAUGAAUUGUGAAUAAACCACUUAUAAGUUUUAAAA